CACAUCACCCUCUCCACCUGUUCGCGCGAUUCCUCCUGAAUCUCUGAGUCCACCUCGCAUGCGCAGCACCCGAGCCGUUUGAUCGACCCGCGACCGCUCGCACACGAUGUUUUCGGGGUCGAGCUCGUACCUAGGGGGCGGGAACAGUGCCCGCCAGUAUGGCCAGCAGCCGCAGCAGCCGCAGCAGCAGCAGUUUGGCCAGCAGCCGGGCUUCCAGGGCGGCAUGCAGCCCCAACAGACGGGCUUUGGAGUGCAACCGCAGCAGACGGGCUUUGGAGGCGCCCCGAUGCAGCCAAUGCAGCAGCAGUUCACUGGCUUCCCGGGGCAGCCGCAGGGCUUUGGACAACAGCAGCCUCAGCAGACUGGAUUUGGACAGCAGCCUCAGCAGACUGGGUUCGGUCAACAACCUCAGCAGACUGGCUUUGGACAGCAGCCCCAGCAGCUCCAGUCGCAGUUCACCGGCUUCCCUGGCCAGCAGCAGAACCAGAGCUUCCAGCAGCAAGCUCCCCAGCAGCAGCCGUUCCAGACCGGCGCACCGCAACAGCAGCAGCAACAGCAGCCUCCGCAGCCGCAGCGACCCCAGCCCACGGGCAUGACCUCGGCCGCAAUGGCCGACUCCUUCCGAGGAUCCUCGUCUGUGCCACCGCCGGUGCCUGCGAAGACAGGCAGCAAGAUCCCCAGCAUACGGCUGUCGUUCAUCACAGCGCAGGACCAGGCCAAGUUUGAGCAGCUGUUCAAGUCUGCUGCGGGCGAUGGCACAGUCCUGUCGGGCGACCAGGCGCGCGACUUGCUGCUGCGCUCGAAGCUGUCAGGAGACGCGCUCGGUCACAUCUGGACGCUGGCUGACACCACCAAGUCGGGGCAGCUUUUGUUCCCCGAGUUCGCACUCGCCAUGUACCUCUGCAACCUGAAGCUGACAGGGAAGGACCUUCCAGCCGCCCUGCCCGACCGCGUCAAGAACGAAGUGUCGAGCAUGGUCGACAUCAUCUCCUUCAACAUCGCCGAUGAGCAGCCGAACCGUGCUGCCGCCGCCAGCAAUGCGCCCUCGUUCAACGAGCCUCCCACAAUUCAGCAGCCGCAGCCACAGCCAUCGAACAGUCAAUUGCUGUCAUCAUUGGCGUCUCAGCCGACUGGAUAUGGCCAACAGCCCAUGGGUAUGCAACCGCAGCAGACUGGCUUCGGCCAGGGCAUGGGAGGCGGCUACAACGGACCGCGUCCCCCCAUGCCGCCGAUGCCUACUGGGUUCGGUGGUAACAACUUGGCCCCUCAGCAGACUGGCAUGGCACCUCUCAAUGCUCAGCCAACAGGCAUGCCUGGACAAUGGGGUCUUGUCAACACCCCUGCUACAGGUCUGCCCAACAUCGAAGCGCUGGCAGGGCGUAUGAUGCCUCAGACAGGGAGAGACACAGGCAAUCAGACGACCAGCGGACUCACUGGCAACGCGACUAUUCCUUGGGCCAUCACAAAGGGCGAGAAGAAGCUGUAUGACGAAACCUUCAAGGCUUGGGAUGGAAUGAGCAAGGGCUACAUUGCUGGUGCACAAGCGAUUGAGAUUCUUGGUCAAAGUGGUCUGCCCAAGCCUGACCUGGAGAAGAUCUGGACUCUUGCUGACUCUGCGGACCGUGGGCGUCUCAACCUGGACGAAUUCGCUGUUGCAAUGCAUCUCAUCUACCGCAAGUUGAACGGAUACCCGGUACCGAACCGUCUGCCUCCUGAGCUGGUCCCUCCAUCCACGCGCAACAUCAACGACUCUAUUGGCGCAAUGAAGAACUUGCUUCGCGGAGACGCGGAAGACAGGAAGAACUCUGGCGCAUUCCUUCAGCCGCAACGUACUGGUGUCAGCUAUCUCAAGACGCACUCGUUCCGGUCCACUAGUCCAGCGGCCGGCGGCCGCAAGGAUGCCACUGUCUUCAGAAACAACGAUGAUAAUGCCGGCUAUCGCUCAAGCGCAAGACACCGUGUUGGUGCUGGUGGUCGCUCACCUUCGCCCGCUUCGGGUGCCUCUUCCCCACCAUCUGGGCGUUCGGACGAGAUGAGCUUGGAGCAACUCAGAAAAGCUGUCAAAGAAAAGCAGAUCUUGUUGGACGCUAUGGAUACCCGGGAUGAGGACGCCGCUGAUGAAGAUGACGCUCUUGACCGUCGGGACCGCAAGGAGGCCGAUGAGUUGUACCGUCGCAUUCGCAGGGUGCAGGACGAUAUCGAUGCUCACCCUAAAGCUUCACUGCAUGGGGGCGAUUCGGACGCAGAGCGUCGUACGCUCAAGCGUCAGCUUCAGACUUUGACAGAUCGUCUGCCCGAGGUCGCAUCCAACGUGCGUCGCAUCGAACGCGAAAUCGCUGAUGCCCAACUCGAGCUCUUCAGACUGAAGGAUGCCAAAGCGCACCCUGGAUCCUCAUCUACAAUCGUCGGAACAGGGCCCGGUGGCGCCGUCACCGAAUCAGACCGAUUGAAGGCUCGUGCUAAGGCCAUGAUGCAAGCACGCUCCGCUGCUCUGACUGGCAAGCCUGCUCCUGCUAGUGACGACACAGGUGCGGCCACGGAGCGCUUAGAGAAGGAACAAUCUCGAAUUCGAUCGGAGAAGGAGAACAACGAGCGCAUGAUUCGUGACGUGGAAGACAGUGUCAACGAGUACACCAAGGGACUCGACGCCAGUUUGAAGGAGGGUGGACACGACAACCGCAGCGAGCAUGAGCGUCGCAGAUGGGAAGAGGCUCUUGGUGUCGAGGAUGAAGUCAGGGAUUUCAUUUUCGACAUGCAGCGAAGCAGCCGUGCUACUCGCGUACGAAAGGAAGAGAAGUCUCGCGAUACAGGGCGCACGCCUUCGCGCACCAACGAUGCCCCGUCAACGUCUCGUUACGAGAGCCCUGCACGUGCCACUGAGUCUCCGCGACCAACACCUUCAUCCGGUGGUGCCUCUAAUUACAAAACACCAGCCGAGCGCGCUGCGUUCAUCAAGCAGCAGGCUGAGCAACGAAUGGCCGAACGCUUGGCGGCUUUGGGCCUGCGAGCCCCGGCGAAGGCUGGCGAAACCCCUGAGCAGCGUGCAGAGCGCGAGAAGAAGGAGCGCGAGGAUAAGCUCAGGCAGGCUGAAGAAGAAGAUGCUCGUCGCGAGCAGGAAAGACAAAGGAGACUUGAAGGAGAGUCCGCAGCACCUCCAGCUCCAGCCAAGUCUGUUGGCAAGAAGCCGGCUCCUCCCCCACCAGUGUCGCGCAAGAACAAGACCGAGGUUGCACAACACGACGUGCAUCAGGCAGAAGCAGAGGCGAAGAGAGCUGAGAACGAGAUUGCUGAGCAGGCUUUGCGGGAACAGCAGAAAGCCCAGGAAGCAGAGACUAAGCGCAUGGAGGAGGAAGAGCGCCGACAGGAGGACGAGCUUGCACAGGAGCGCGAGGCUGCCCAGGCACGUCUCAAGGCUCUUGAGGAGCAAGUACAACAGGGCAAGCUCAAGAAGGCAGAGGAGAAGAAGCGCAGAGCUGGCGCGCAGAAAGAGCAACAGGACAAGGAGGCCAAGCUGGCCGCUCAGCGUGCCGAGAUCGAAGCUGCUCGCGAACGCGAGCGGCAGUUGCAGCUCCAACUGGAGGCUCUUGAUGACGACGACUCUUCUGACGACGACGGUCCCCACAACAUCACCCCGCAAGACUCCACUCCCGCUGCAAGCCAGGAGCUACCACGGAGCACAGCACCGCCCCCAGCGCCACCUAUGCCACAGGUACCGGGAUCGUUCCCAAGCCCGCCCGCAUCGGCGGUGACCAGCCCUCACCCUGUUGCUGGAGGUGAAAGCACGAAUCCAUUCUACAAGAAGAUGGCGUUGUCUACCCAGGACAAUAACAGCACACCCCCGCCUCCGGCCAGCACCACUAGCGAGCUGUCUACAAAUCCAUUCCACCGUCUGACGCAGGAGCAAGCCCAGAAGGCUGCCGCGCCGACCUUUAAUGAGCCCGCUGCGCCGUCAGCUCGCACCCGUGGAAGGCAAGAUGAUGACGGUUGGUCUGGUGAUGACUCAGAUGAUUCGUCCUCAGACGAUGACGAGGCUCCUACAAAGGGAGGUGCUCAGCAUCUGGCUUCCAUCUUGUUCGGCACAAUGGCACCCCCACGACCUUUGUCGUCGAUGGACAACAAGGACUCGCCUGUUCAAACUCCAGCGCCCUCAGCGGGUAUUCCACCACCACCUCCAAUGCCUACAGGCGCUGUACCUCCUCCUCCCCCAGGUCCUCCACCACCUCCGAUGGGAGGGGCUCCUCCACCCCCACCAAUGCCCACUAUGAAGGCAUCUGGCGGUAUGGAUCGUGGAGCUCUUCUGGGUCAAAUCCAGGCUGGCAGAGGCUUGCGAAAGGUUGAGACUAAGGACAGGAGCACAUCGUCUACGGCAGGUAGGGUUCUAUAGAAAGCACAAGGUUAUCUCUGUAAAUAGCUUAUAAUAUCAUCGUCGCCCUUUUCA